GUCAGAUGGGUCAGUCGACGAUGAGCUCUGUUGCUCCAGCUCGACGGCCACUUCUUUCUGUUGGCCAUUUUUGGUGUCAUUGUCUAAGAUAGUCAGUCUUAGAUGGGGACAUCAACCCUAGGAUCGUAGUUCAACCUGAUUGUAAGCCGGACAUCGUGGUAUGGUAUGGUAUGGUAUCGUAUCGUAUCGUAUGCUUUGGUGUCCUGCUGCCAGUCCAGUCUUCAGUUAUUCUGCAGACUGCGACUCGACAUCAUGGCAACAUCCCCUCGACCCUAUAUAUCAACUCCCCGUAUACCACCAUAAGCAAACAUCUUUCCACCAAACCACCGCACCACGCAAGGGAUAACCUGCUGUCAUUCCUAUGGUACGCUCACAACACGGAACGUUUGCGUCGCGCAGUGUAACCUUCCUGCUUGAGGCCGAGAUUUCCUCGGAUCCCCGUAUGAGGAAUGAGACGCUCAAGAGCGAUU